AUGAAGCGAUGUGGCGCUGGUGGUGAUGUGGACGUUGCUCACCCCGCCGUGUGUUUUCACCGCGAGGUGCUGACGUUUUUGAAGUGGACGGCCAUUCGUCGCGACUUUAUGGAAGCACUGCAGGGAUCCCCGCAUCUCCGCUUCAUUGAGCCGCGAAAGUUGUGGCGCCACAGUCAAGAGGCGCUGGGGAAGUGGGUGCUUUCGCAGGUGGCCCGCGACACGCGCAGCGGCACGGAACCCGCCGCGUCCUUUUCGUUCUUCCCCACAAGGGCCGUGCUGUCAGGUGGCACGUACGACGAGCAGCUUAUCCGCGAUAUUUCUCUCAAGUGUGAGGCCUCUAGUAGCCCGGAGGUCGUGGCGGAAAUUAAAGCGCUACUGACGCAUUUAAACCUCUCGCAGCGCUGUGAGGACGCGGCAGCGGAGGUGCAGCGGGAACUGAACUCCACGAUUCCUUCAAUGUACUGCACCCCAUUGCUGCGCAUCAUUGACGCGACGGAGGAAGAGGGCCGCACAGCGUCGCAGCGUCGGGUACAGGGCUCCAUUGCGGAGAUUAGUGCCCAGUGGCCAAAACACGUGCGACGCGGUUGCCCACCCGUCUCUAUUCCACAUGCAGCUUACAAGAAGCUGGAAAUGUGCUACAAAUAUUUUUCAGAGAGAACAGAGACGGAGCGAUACCCCAGACUGGACCCUGGCAGUCGCUUCCUCCUUCGAGCGGCGACACUUGUACUACGCUACGAGGGUUGCCUGGCAACGGGAUCACUGCAGUUGUGUGCUGACACUCGAUUAAAACAGCACCUGCACGCUGCAGGCUAUCAUGUGAUGGACCUGUGCGCCUCCCCGAUUAAUGCGUAUAUGGGUUCACCCAAGGCUGGCUGCUGCUUCAUGCGUGGUGAUGGUGGCUGUGAUGUGGAUGACAACAAUGAAGCCUCAUCUCUAGAGGAUGAAAACACACCCAACCACUUUUGCAGUGCCUUUCCUGACACCGAUUGCUACUUUGGAAGCCUUGGCAGUGCGCUACAGUUUGACGUUGAGGCUGCGUACAAAUCGCCUGAAGUGAAUCCGGAAAAGAAACCUCUGCUGUUGACACUUGAUGUACCGUACGAUGAGGACAUCUGUGAACGGCUAUUCUUAAGGCUUAUUCGUGACAUGCAGCGUGUUGAGAGUAUGACAAAGAUGCAGCAAGAGCAAUUAUCACCCCCUCCAUACAUUGCGGACUACGUGUUGGUGUUGCCGCUGUGGUGGGAUGUGCCAAUGCAGCGAAGGAAGCUGCUGUUUAGGACGGCAGGUGGUGGUCCGCCUUCCUCGUUCGAGGAAGAACAAAAGUCACUGGACGUCAUUGUCAAGGAACGCAGUGCGAUGCUGCAUAGCGGUUUUACCGUUCCGUACGAGUGGCCACAACUUUUGGCGAAGGCAGCAGGGGAAAGUUGGGUUUGUUUUGAUGGUGUUUUUCUGGGCGACAGUUACAAGUAUUUCUGCACUUCAACGAACAGGUGGUUGCAUGGGGUGACAGCCACGGAAGUCAUUGGAUUGUCGCAGCCCCGAGCAGACGCAGACGGCGGUAACUCGCUGGAAACGCAGAUGACUUCCUUCUAUGGGGGCUAG